AUGAGCCUUUCUUUAGGUGCUGGUGGCAAUGGUGGCCUCGGAGGUGGAGGUGGGGGGGUAGGCUCAGGCCUGCCUCCUACACCUUCCGGCUACGGAGACGUAGCCGCCUUUAUCAGGACCUUCGAGGGGAAGGUCGCUAGCCUUCUCUCACUGGCCGCGAGGUCAGUGAGCACCAUUGCUACUGUUGAGGUGGCCGAUGCUCGGAGGGUUGUGGCCCUUUUUAUACGAUGGCUGAGUGAGGUUUGGUCGCGCUUCCCCUCCCAGGUGCCGCGGGAGAUCUUGAUGGCAAGAUUCGCCAUCAAGAGGAAGCUCGAGAUCAUCAUGAAGACGCCGUCAGAGGGUCUCCAGGAGAAGAGACAUCGCUUCUUUCUGGGGCCAGAGAAAAACAGCGCCCGAGACCUUGUCCAAUGGCUCAACGCCCUGUCCGACCGGCCUCUAGAGCCCCCUCGACCGGCUUUGCCCACCCUCGCGCCUACCCCAGCUCCGACUUCGUCGACCGCCGCCAGAUCAACCAGGCCCAACUCUUCGACAAACAGGUCGGCGGAUGGUGUCAAGCCUGUUCCCCGCGACCAUCCCAUCUGGGGUGUCUUGGGCAUCAUGCAUGGACUCGGCCUGCGACCAGGAAGCAAGACGCAAGCAUUCAAUCCUGCCUACGAUGAACACAAACGGUCAGCCAAAGUUCUCGGACACAAUGGCUUGGCAAUUGGACAGUGGUUUCCGAAUCAGUUGUCUGCGAUGUGGUACGGCGGACAUGGCGAGUCCAACGCGGGCAUCUCGUACAUGAGAGGGCCAAAUGGCGAACCGGGCCCUGCCCUUUCCAUCAUCAUGGCAGAGAAGUACAGUGAUAUCGACGUCGACCGUGGUGACGAUAUUGUCUACUGCGGAAGCAACUCACUUGAUAACACAUCGAGAAACACUCCCGUCGGACCGCCCGUUCGGGGCAAUGCAGCUCUCUUGGUUUCCAAGGAACGCCAGUCUCCUGUCCGUGUCUUUCGCAAGGCGAAGAAGGGCAAUAACGGCUCCGCUUACGCGCCUAAAGUCGGACUGCGCUACGAUGGCCUCUAUGUUGUUGUCGGUUACAGCAAGGCCACAAACGACAAAGGCGGCAUCUACCACAAGUUCACCCUGAGACGCGGAGAUGGCCAGCCUUCUCUUGAUACUCUCAGAAACAUACCCAGCAGAAAGGAGCGGAGAGAUUAUGCAAAGAUCGACGAAGGCUACUAG